AUGACCAGCAUCUUCAAAUCGAGACAAGUUACUUUUCUCGUCGGGCCAAACCAGGUCGAGUUCAGCGUCCAUCAGCAUGCCUUCACACGUCUGUCGGAGCCCCUUCGUGCCAUGCUUACUGGAGGUAUGAAGGAGUCUCUGGAGGCGAAGGUGAUCUGGGAUGACAUCGAGCCCGCAAUCUUCACUAGCCUGCUGGAGUUUGCGUACAACGGAGACUAUUCGAUCCCUCGCCUUCCCAGGAAAAAGCCUGUGAUUGAAGUACCGCCAGACCAGCCUGACCCGGCCGAUCUCAGUGACGAGGACGACUGGUGGUCCAUUUGUUCCAUCAUGACCUGGAUGAUGGAUAACGACGACCGAUACGGCGAUUGCACCAGGUUCGGCAAGUGGUGCUACGGCAGAUUAUACUUUGAGACGGAGAUGUUUCCUGGACCCCAACCGUACUGGCACGAUGAACUUCAGAGGAACGAUUGCACCGGCAUUUCCACCGUCUUCAUGCUGCACGUCAAACUCUACGCCCUCGCAGAUCGGUACCAGUUCAAGUCCCUCAGGAAUCUCUGUCUACAAAGGCUUCGCGAGAGCUUGAUCAACGUGGUACUUAGGGCGGAGUUCUGCGAGGCAUUGAGCGAGAUGCUUCGCUUUGCGUACGCAAACACGGCACCGAACGACGAACUCCGAAUGAUGCUCAUUCGAUACUGCAUUUUCCAGAUGAACCACUUGAAGCGGCAUGGAUACCUCGAUCGGUUUGUCAAGGAGCUGCCGGAUUUCGCGACCGAGCUGCUACUCGAAGUUCCUCAGAUGAUGUGGGAGGCUGCGCUCUAG